AUGAAAGCCAAGACCAAGCAGUGGAAGCAGCUAGUGCUGAUUGGGAUACUGGCAUGGGCACUCGUCUUCUUGCUGCUGUUUACAUAUUUCACAGACUUCAAAACAGAUGAGCGUCCAGCCAGCUCUUUCACAUUCACUGAGACAAGAAGGCUCUUCCCCAUUCAGGGUAAACAGAGAGUCUUUAUGGGGGCUUUCCCAAAUCCAAAGGUCUCAGCAAGUCAAAGAGAAAAUAGCCUUUUCUUUGAGAAUGAUGAAGAUUCUGUGCAUUCAUUGCGUUUAGAUUCUUUGAAUGAUGACAAUCUAAAAUGGACCCAAGAAGAGGAUAAUGGUGAACUUCAAGUCAAGAUAAGAGUGAAGAAGAUGAGGAUUGGUGACCAGCAGCAAAUUCAAAACAAGUUGAUAGAUAAGGUAGUUAAAAUUAUUACCAAGGAUGGCAAUACCUACAAGGAAAUGAUUAUUCAAGAUGCAAAGCCUAAGCAUCACAAAAGGAUAAUGAGAAAUAUGGAACAACCGAGCUAUCCGGUAGACCCAUUACUUGAAAAUCUAGAUUCCUUUGACCUAGAGGACAUGGAGUUUUCGAAAUCAAAUUCAGUGCUUGCCAAACUGUGGAGAGGAAAUAUUUCAUCUGGGAUGUUGAAUCCUCGGUUACAGAAAGCCAUGAAAGACUAUAUGAAUGAAAACAGACAUGGUGUCCAGUUUCAAAGGAAAAUGGGGACUGAAAAGAUGUUUGGUGAAGAACUUCUCUGUGAGCUGAAAAACAAAGUCAAAAUAAGAACCCUUGAUGGGAAGGAGGCUCCAUUUUCGACACCUGGAUGGAAAAAACACAUUCCCAAAAUUCCACUGGACAAAAUCAGAAUUAACAGACAGUCCUUCAGAAGUUGUGCUGUCGUCACAUCCGCUGGUUCAAUAUUGAACUCCUCCCUUGGAGAAGAAAUAGAUUCCCAUGAUGCAGUUCUGAGAUUUAACGCAGCCCCUACACAAGGUUACGAGAAGGAUGUUGGAAGCAAAACCACAAUCCGUGUUAUUAAUUCACAAAUACUUGUUAACCCAGAGCACAAGUUUAAUAAUAGCACUCUAUUCAAGAAUAUUGUUUUGGUGGCCUGGGAUCCUGCACCUUACUCAGUAAACCUCCUUAAGUGGUACAAGAAACCAGAUUACAACCUGUUCCUGCCCUAUUUGCGAUAUAGAAGAAAGAAUCCUGACCAGCCCUUCUACAUCCUUCAUCCAAAAUUUGUCUGGCAGCUUUGGGAUAUAAUCCAGGAAAACACUCAGGAAAAAAUACAGCCAAACCCUCCCUCCUCUGGCUUCAUUGGAAUCCUCAUUAUGAUGUCGUUGUGUGAUAAUGUCAAUAUCUACGAGUAUAUCCCUUCCGUCAGACUGACUGACCUCUGUCACUACCAUGAGCGAUACUAUGAUGCUGCCUGUACCUUGGGUGCCUACCACCCUUUGUUAUAUGAGAAACUUUUGGUGCAACGCAUGAACAAAGGAAUGAAAGCAGAUUUAUAUACAAAAGGAAAGGUUAUUGUGCCUGGCUUUUGUACCAUGAAAUGUUCUGGAGAAUAAUGAACUUUGUGCUGCAGAAUGAUUGCUGGUUAUGUAGUGCAAGACAGAACAUAACAGAUAUGCUGAAAUCUUUUUUAAAAUACUUGAAAUGACUAGAUAGGACUAAUUUCAGGGUAAUAUCAAGUUAAUGAGCCAUUGAAACUACAAAAUGAUCCUGUUCCAUCACAUUGAAGCCUUUGCAUUUUGUACAAAUGUAUUGCAACACGCUAUGCUUGAAGGUUACCAUCUGAAGUUAUGAGAUUUCAGAUAAAGACCAUAGACUUACAAUGGAUUCCCCUUUCCUCCCAUGCCACUGUGAAUAGAUUGUUGUA